CACAAGCAACUCCUGUCUUGAGCUGUCCUUCACUCUCUACUCGGAAACCCCCAAACUCUCCAGGAGUAUUCUGGACAACCGUUUCACCGAGCAAUUACACACACGUAUACAUACAUAACACACAACAAUUGUCAAUUGUUCCACGAUACAACUGGUAAAGGUUAGGGUUUUUUUUUGGGUUCUUAUAUGCUCUGUAAUGCUUCCUUCGAGGCCAUUGAACCGACCUCAAAACCACCAAUGUACGGGCACUCUCAACCCCUGAACGUCCACGACCAGUUCGUCGGCGGCGACGGAGACGAUGCCAACGCCGGUGGCGACUCCAUGGACAGCCCGCAUGUUCCAUACGAAGCUCAAGGUCUGGAAGACGGCGGUGGAAUAGACGCCUCUGACGCCGUCUAUGCCGACGGCGGCUCUGAUCUGUCCGUUCAACAGAACGACAGUGCAAACCAGCUCACGCUGUCGUUCCGUGGUCAGGUCUAUGUGUUCGACUCUGUAACAACAGAUAAGGUUCAGUCAGUGCUUCUACUUUUGGGGGGAUGUGAAUUUUCUGCGGCCGGACAAGGUUUAGAACUAGCAUAUCAGAAUCAGAGGGGUUCAAUGGACUAUCCACGUUGUAGUCAUCCACAGAGAGCUGCCUCGCUGAAUAGGUUCCGCCAGAAGAGAAAAGAGCGGUGCUUUGAUAAGAAAAUUAGAUAUAAUGUCCGCCAAGAAGUUGCACUCAGGAUGCAACGUAAGAAGGGUCAAUUUACUUCUUCCAAAAAGUCCGAGGAGGGCUGGAGUACUGCUGAGGAUUCAGGACAAGAUAGCCCACCAGAAACUUUGUGCACUCAUUGCGGCACUAGUUCAAAGUCCACUCCAAUGAUGCGGCGAGGCCCGGCUGGUCCAAGGACCCUUUGCAAUGCUUGUGGUCUUUUUUGGGCAAACAAGGGUAGCUUGAGGGAUCUUUCUAAGAAAAUCCAUGAUAAUGCUCUGACCAUAACUGAGCAGGUAUGCAUCUCAUGAUGUAUUAGGGGUGAAGGUGAAGCUAACGAGUCCGAUAGUGGAACUCUUAUCCCCUCCACACACUAAUGUUGCUACUUUACCCAAAAAUCAGUUUUAGUUGCCCAGCAGUGAGUUUUAAGCUGUCACAAAGAGGCAAUCCACACUAGUUUGCUCUGGCAUCAUUCAAAUUAUAGAAGGUUCUCUAGUAAUUUCGUUCGGUUUGUCUUGUUAAUUGUACAGAUACAGGUUCAUCAAUAUAUGAGGUCACCGGCUCCUGUUUUUAGUUUC